AUGAUUCUAGGGAAGAGCUCCUAUUUAAUGAUUGAAGAAUUGCUGGAUGGAAUAGAGGGAAGGAAUUAUAGGAAGAAGGAAUAUCUGAGAUCAAAAAUGAAAGAAUUGGAGCUAUACAUUAAUAUGGAAAAUAGAUGGAUGAAAUAACAACUAAUGAAGGCCUACCAAAGAAUCAACCCUAAGAUAUUUAUAACAGGGGGAAUAAAGGAAUAAAAAAUCUUUUAUUAAAAUUCAAAUAAGAAAAUUCUUAAUAUGCAAUAAGUAUUUAAUAGUAUGGGUUUUUGUAAAAUCAUUGAAUCUUUGGAGGAUAUAAAAUUUAUUAUACGUGGUUGGGAUCAAUUCCCUGUCAGAAUCCAGGUUGUGAUACAUAAGGACUAAAAAAGAAGAUGCUUCACUUUCUAUUAGCCGACCAUGAAGCUCUUCAACUAAUGA